AUAAUGACUUACUUACAAACUAAAAUCAAUAAUUAUUCAAACAAAGCUUGUUUUUUUCAAAUGAGCAAAUGCAUUGAACACUUGUGUUUAUUAAGAACAUGAAAUAAGACAGGUGGAAUCCUUAAGUUAUCAGUCUGAAGCCAAAAUAUUAACUAAAUAAUUCCAGAGAAAAGAAUGAAGCAAAUGCUUCAAAUCUUUGGAAAUGGGAGCAGGCAUGAAAAUAUAACACAUAUAUACAUAUUGUUUUUAAUAUUAUAUUCACAAAAGAGGGGUUCAGCUGAGCUCUGACCUUCUUCUGCUCAUUAACGUGUUGUGGAAACAAAGCAAAGAGCGAUCAAGGUCAUCGGGGGAGAAGGAGGCCACGGCCUCGUCUGUGACGUCAGCGUCCGCUGCAGGCGUCACACGCCGUCCGUCCGUCCGUCCGUCAGUCAGUCAGUCAGAGCGCCGCCAUGGGGAUAACGACACUGUGCGCCGUGGUCGCCACGCUGAGCAUCGCUCCCAACAGAUCUCAGUUCUUCUGCCACGACGAGAUCUCCCUGAAGUGUGUGGCGAGCUCCAGCGGCUGGACGGUGUGGAGAAACACCUCCUAUAAGGCGUUGGAUGUGUGCCGGCAUGGCUGGGGCAUCCCGGGUGAGUCCUCCUGCACCAUCCAGGAUGCCUUUCCCUCGGACACCGGGGUGUACUGGUGCGAGUCUCAGCAGGGGGGCUGCAGCAACGCCGUCAACGUCACGGUGACAGUGGAGCAGGUGAUCCUGGAGAGCCCGGCGCUGCCCGUCACGGAGGGAGAUGAGGUCACGCUCCGCUGUUCCUACAAAGAAGAAGACCAGGAUGAGCCCACGUCGGAUUUCCCCGCCGCGUUCUACCGGGACGGCGAGUCCAUCGGCGCCGAGCCGUCGGGGCGGAAGCUCCUCCGGCGGGUGUCCGAGUCGGACGGAGGCUCCUACGAGUGCGAGCACCCCACCGGGGGGAAGUCUCCACGGGGCUGGCUGGCCGUGUCAGCGAGGCCUCCUACUCCUCCUCCUCCAACUCCUCCUGCUCCACCCUUCAUGACUGUGCCCAAGCUGCUGUGCUCCACCCUGCUGUUCGUCCUCUACACCGUCAUUCUCAUCCUGUGCAUAGACGUGUACCGGAGGAGGGCCCGAGGUAAGAGCACCUCUGGAAGGACCAUAACGGAGAAGAAGCUCCUCUUCACGCUUCAUAGACCUUCAUCAGCUAAAUGUACCCAAUGUACCUCAAGUAUUCAGAGUGUUGACGCUGCAGGAACACGUUGGCGCGAGCAGAGACCAACCUCGCGAGCGAGGAAUUUCACACUCCGCAAAUAUCUCGCGCGAGACAGACUUUUUUUUAUUUAUUUUUUUAAAUUCUUAUAAUUAACUUUUCUGAAU